GAACGCCCGUGCUCAGGGGCGGUGGCGCCCCGGAACCCCCCGCGGCCCGCCCGGCACCGGGGAGGGGGGAGCGCCCCGGCCGGGCCGCGGGUGGCUGGCAGGGCAAGAGGGACAGCCCUACGGGUUGACUCCUAGGAGCGGCUGCCGUGAAUGGUAAUUGGAUCCUACAGUUAGGAGGACUCUAAGCUGUGAAUUUUAAGCACGCUGUGUUAUCUGUGUUGUGGCCUGACUUAAGUUUCUAAGGAAUUGCAAUAAUGCUGCUGCAUUUCUGGGGUUUGGUUUGAUUUAUCUUCAGACUUGUUGAGAGACAUAAUACCCUUGAAUGAUUCUCUCAGAUGCAGGCAAAUCUUCAGGUAUUUAAAAGGAGAAAAGGAAGACUACACUGGCAGAGCAUUGCUUGAAGGGUUGAAGAUGACUGGCUAAAUCUGAUUUUUCAUCCAGUCAUAGUUUGAAAUUUCAUUUUUGCAUCAAAAAUACUUUCAGGACUGGCUUGAGUUUUCCGAAUGAUCUGACAUCUCUAUCUAUGGAGCUUUCUGGCCCCCAAAACUCUAAAGGUCCUCAGGCUGUGUCUGAGUGCAGGCUCACCUUGUGUUGUGUCACUGGAACACAGGCACGGCUGCUGAGCUCUGGCCUGGGUGGGCUCAGAGGUGUCUCCCUGUGAACUGAACACAUUCUGUCCUGCCUGCCUGCUCAGGUGUUCCACUGCAUCCCCCAUUCUGCAUGGUGGCAAUGUUCCCUGGUGUGCUGGCUGAGGUCCUGGGGGAAGAAAGCAACCUCAGGUGGCAGCGUAGCAGAAAAUAUCUCUUGCAGCAUAGUCAUGUGAACAAUGCACCGAGAACUGUGGAGUGUCCCCACUGUGAAGCCUAGGGACAAAUCAGUAUGGAAUAUACAAGCACCUGUUGUCCUUGUUCUACCUGAAGAGAGAAAACCUAGGAGGGCUGACAGAAAUGGCCAAGCUUACAUGAAACUCUCACAUUAGAGCAGCAGUGGAUGGUGGACUUCAGAGCAGCUUGCAAAGGAUUUUGUUUUGAAAUUGAGCUUGUCCUUAUUUAGAUGGAGGCUUUUAACUUGAGAGAGGGAAAUCACAUGGUGCUUUUCCUGCCACUGGUCAUUCUCUUGAGGCCUAAAUGCUCCAAAUAAGAUCAAUAGAGGAACAUGUUCAUUUCUCCCUGCUGGUGACAACAGUAUGCUUCCAAAGGAGAAUUCUGAAUGUUCUUGGAAAGUAAGCUCUAUGGGAUGGAACAUGAGGCUACCCAGCUAGAGAAGCAGCACGUGCACAGUGUGUAUGAAAAUACAGCUGCCUACUUCAGUGACCUGCAGACCAAAGCAUGGCCUCGUGUUCGGAACUUCCUGCUGGAACAAAAGCCUGGCAGUCUCGUGGUUGAUAUAGGUUGUGGAACUGGAAAGUAUCUCAGUGUCAACAGUCAAGUGUAUAAUCUGGGCUGUGAUUACUGUGAAGGACUGGUAGAAAUUGCAAAGAAGAAAGGUGAUGAGGUUCUGGUGUGUGACAACCUUAACCUUCCCUUUAGGGAUCAGUGCUUCAAUGCAGUCAUUUCAAUUGGAGUGAUACAUCAUUUCUCAACUAAACAAAGGAGGAUCAAAGCAAUAAAGGAAAUGGCAAGGAUAUUGACACCUGGAGGCCAAAUAAUGAUUUAUGUUUGGGCUAUGGAACAAAAGAAUCGUCGCUUUGAGAAACAAGAUGUAUUUGUUCCAUGGAACAAGGCCUUGUGCUCGCGCCAUUUUUCAGAAUCAAAUCAAUCUGGAGAGAAGGGUGAGUUUGUCCAUAGUGCAAAAGGCCAAGACAUACACCCUGCACAGCUCGUCAUCUCUGAGUGCAGCUGCCAAAACAAUCUGCAGCCAGAAGCGGAUCCAAAACAUCCCCGCAGUGUGGACCGUUGCUUACCCACAGCCUGCUGCAUGAAAAUUUCUGAGGAAGAAAACAGAUUUUACAGUGCUCUAGGAAGAUCUUUCCGCUCAUGGUUUUUCUCCAGAUCACUUGAUGAAUCAGCCCUGAGAAAGCAAAGUGACAAAAUGAAGCACCUGAAACAUGAAGGAGUGUGGGCCAACAGUGCCGUACCCAUCCAGCAUUCACGGCACUGCAGUUUGGAUUUGGGUCACCAUGGGGCACUGUUAAAUGAACAGAGUUUAGAUGAUGAUGAUGACGUGUUUGUGGAAAGCCUGUCUCUCAAAAAGCCACAGUGGUCACCAGCCACAGAUGCACUGAAGGAUUUAAGUUUAAACGGAGGACACCAAAGUGUAGCUCAGAGCAAGGGGGACAGAGCUUCAUUUAUAAAUGGCCCAGUGGAAGACAAGGACUGCAUCUGUGAUUGUAAUAAAGACGGUGCUGGUAAGUCUGAUGCCAGCAAGUUUUUCAAAAGAACUUCAACAACUGACUCCACUGACUCAGCUUUGGAUUCAGCAGUGUCUGUUGGGGACCAAACUGAUGCCAUGUUGGAUACAAAGGCCUUCAUGCGUUAUUACCAUGUUUUUCGGGAAGGAGAGCUGAGUUCUCUGGUAGAAGAGAAUGUGCCUGAGCUUCAGAUACUUUCUUCCUGCUAUGACCAUGGGAACUGGUGCAUUAUUGCAGAGAGAAGAGGAACAUAGCUAUAAAGAGAACAAAGCAGAGUCCAGUGACUGAGGAUUUCAAGCUCUUCCUUGUGUUACUGUGAUUGUGCAGUGUGACACGGAAUUUGAAUCUUGUAGUUGUGUGCCAUUCAUUUUUGAGUUAUUAUCUCUUAACUAUUUAACUCGCUAAUGCAAGCUCUGUAUAUAGGAAUGUAAGUGGUAGACAAUAUUUAUGUUUUGUUAAACUUUUAUGAAGUUAAAACUGUAGAGUUUUAUAUUGCUGUUAGCAAAUAAUUGUGUUUUAAAAUAUACUUUUCUAUUGAAAAAUAAACCUUUUUAUAAAACAAGGAUCAGGGCAUCUUUUGUGAGAAAUAUCCUCUCAGUAGAAAGUCUAAUCUUUGUUCUUCAGAUGCCAGAAGUUUGUCACGUUGCUCCCUAUUCUUGAAGUCCUAUAAACGAGACAUAGACUCUAUGUCUAAAAUUGUACUUGACUGUACACUGGUAGAGUGCAUGCUGCAGAACUGGGAGCAAGCAUGGUCCCAGUGCUCCUUAGCUGGGAGUAGAGUUAUUAAUGGGCAAAAAACUGUGUAACAAACAAGCUCUGCAUAUUCUGUCAUUUGAUGUUUGUAUUUGGGAGCAAAUGACAGCGCAGAUUGAGGACAGUAUUUUUUACUUUUGUUUUAAAAAUAAUUUAAUUUGUUUCUCAGGUGCAGGUGAAAUUUUAUGUGUUAACUCUCACAAAUACUUUAUCUUAAUUUCCUUUGCUGUAGUUUUUCAUUGGCUAUGUGUAUAUAAAAGUCAGAGAAAUUUGUGAGAGUGUGAGUAUUAUGUAAAGUUAUAAAAAAUCAAAUCCUUGAAAUACAUAUAUCUUUUUGAUAAGCCUGAGAAGCUAAGAUUAAAUUAAUAAAAAUGCAGUGCACAUC